UUCUUGGUGAGCUUGUGUCGCUUUGUCACCCAAAUAGGCAUCGUGUUUACGUGGUUGCGUUCACUGCCUGGCCACCGUUUUGCUGCUUGCGUCAGAGUCGACCUCGGUUCGGCGCUCUAAACAGAAAAUCGACCUUGCUACCGUAGUAUUUGGGCUUUAGAUCCACUGCUUAUCAAAUCUAGGCUCAAGAAUGCAGCUGCUCGGUGGUCGGCAGUCUGUGGCGCACGGCCGUGCUGCCGGUUCGCGCCGCUCGGUGCCUCAGGCGCCCGCGCUUCCUCGCUCUCUGGGUCAGCCGAGUACUGCUGAUGCGCUCUUGGGCCGCUCGGCGGGGCUCCGCACUGCGCCCGGUCUAAGGCUCGCCGCUCCGCUCGCGGAGCUGUGCGCGUAGAGGCUUUCUUCAACAAGCUUUUUAAGACCGAUCCCUCGGCCGGUACUCGUAAUAAGUACCAGUCGCGUGUGGACCAGGUGAACGCUCUGGAGCCGGCCAUGCAGGCUCUGUCCGAUGACCAGCUGCGCGCUAAGACCACGGAGUUCAAGGAGCGCGUGAAGAAGGGCGAGUCGCUGGAGAGCAUUCUGCCGGAGGCAUUCGCGGUGGUGCGCGAGGGCUCCCGCCGCGUGCUGGGCCUGCGCCCCUUCGACGUGCAGCUCAUUGGCGGCAUGAUCCUGCACGAGGGCCAGAUCGCGGAGAUGCGCACCGGCGAGGGCAAGACGCUGGUGGCGGUGCUGCCCGCCUACCUGAACGCGCUGACGGGUCGCGGCGUGCACGUGGUGACGGUGAACGACUACCUGGCACGCCGUGACUCGGAGUGGGUGGGCCAGGUGCACCGCUUCCUGGGCCUGUCCGUGGGCCUCAUCCAGGCUGACCUGAAGCCCGAGGCGCGCCGCGCCGCCUACGCCUGCGACGUGACGUACGUGACCAACAGCGAGCUGGGCUUUGACUACCUGCGCGACAACCUGGCGGCGGCCCCCGCCGAGCUGGUGCUGCGUGAGGCCACGCCCUUCAACUUCUGCGUCAUUGAUGAGGUGGACUCCAUCCUCAUUGACGAGGCGCGCACGCCGCUCAUCAUCAGCGGGAUGAGCGACAAGCCCUCCACCAAGUACGUCAAGGCGCACAAGAUCGCGGACGCCUUGUCCCGCGACGUGCACUACACCGUGGACGAGAAGCAGAAGUCGGUGCUGCUUGACGGAGGACGGAUACGAGGCGGUGGAGGACGUGCUGCAGGCCGCUGCCGUAUCGCCACGCCUGGGACGCACCCGUACCGCCUUCCUGUGACUGACCUGUACGACCCGCGCACCCAGUGGGCCUCCUACAUCAUCAACGCGCUCAAGGCCAAGGAGCUGCAGAUCAAGAACGUCAACUACAUUGUCAAGGCCGGAGAGGUGAUCAUUGUGGACGAGUUCACUGGCCGCACCAUGCCCGGGCGCCGCUGGAGCGACGGCCUGCACCAGGCUGUGGAGGCCAAGGAGGGGCUGGAGAUCCAGAACGAGAACAUCACCCUGGCCUCCGUGUCCUACCAGGCCUUCUUCCGCGGCUUCCCCAAGCUGGCGGGAACAGCUGUGGCUGUCCAAGGGCACCGCCAGUUCCAGAUCGAUCACGCGGAAGGCUCCCCGGGGGAGCUGCGCUGGCGGUUGGCACGGCACGCGACUGGGAGCAGGGUAGCUGCGCAGGGGGCUCGGGGGGUGAGCUGACGGUUGGCACGGCACGCGACUGGGAGCGGGUAGUUGCCGCGGGCGGCCGACUGGAAGCAUGUUUGAUAUUCAGGGGCGGUAGUAUAAAUGCAGCUGCACACCCGUUGCGUCAGCCCCUUGGCAGCCGAACACUGCAGUAUUCUGACCUGUCGCCAUGCUUGCGUGUCAUGUUUACAGCUGUGGGUAUGCCUCUGACCCGGGCCCGAACCACGGCCGCCCCAGCCUACCAGUCGCUCUUGGACUGGCGAGAGCACCCUCCACGGCACUCAGAAAGCAAAGCCAACGGCAGCCCCUGGACUGACCGCGAACACGUGACGCCGCCGCGCUCCCCUUGAGAGCUGGGCAGGCGAUAAGAAGAACAGCCUGGAACAGAGGGAUGACACGCCCCCUCUUUCAGGACCUCGAAGUUAGCGGAGCGAGCUCCGGUGAAGGCUAAUCCACCGGAGCUGGAUGAGAGCGGCCAAAACGGCGAGUGUCAUCCCUCCGCCUGGAACAGCUCGCUGAAAACACACCACAGACCAAGCGCGCAUCCUAUGAAGCGAAACACUCGCACCCAGAAGCCACUUCAACAUGCUUAACAGGCCCCCCGCUUCACCUCUACCAAGCCGCAAGUUGGCGACGACCCGCGACGACAGAGCCAGCAAGUACGCACAAAGCCACCACACUGCGCCCCUAACAACUGCAGCGAGUCCCUAUCACGAAAGAUGCAUGCGUGUGUGCGUGCCCAGAGUUGAGAAUUUAUGUCACGUCCUUCUAGUCCUUCCUGAGUUUAUGGUAGGCAUCGGGGCUCAGGUCCUCCUGCAGCUGCUUCGCAGGCAGCCAGAGCUGGAAAGCGGCUUCCUGCUGCAUUGAGGGUGGUCUGGCAUUCCUGACACAGGAUGUUUCAGAGCCGCUCAGCCUCUGGAGGGCUCUGCACAGGCCUCUAAAGGGCUCUAUCUGGAGCGCUCUGAGGGCUCCUGAGGGCUCUGGCGGGCUCUGAGGGCUCUGGAGGGCUUUGGGGGGCUCUGGAGGUUGGUAACGCGCAUGCGUGGCGGGCCAGUACCCAGUUGGCCCAAUAUCCAGUUCCAGAGGCCGUGCGUGGCAACAUACACCAUGCUGAAUGUCAGUCGAGGUGGGUAUUAAGGAUUUAAUGGAUUCCAGACGUUGCAUGUUUGGCAGGCCGGCAGCGCCGCACCAAUGAAAGCCCCACGGUCGUACACCUAACAUGGAGCACACCCAGCCCAAUAUAGCGCAAGCCCACCGUCCGCAGACCGCAAGCACUUACUGGCAUCACCACUAGCCUAUUACCACGCAGCGCUUUAGCGUCUCCAAUAGCCGCGAGAGGCAGGCAUGACGCCACGUGCCUGUGGCAAGCUGGGUCAGUGGCUAGGCUACUCAUAUAGGUUGUAUGGCUGAGCGCGGCUCAGUCUGAGUCCAGCACGCAAGCGGCCUGCGCGUCGAAGGAGAAUAUGGGCUGCGCCAGCACACAAGUGAGCACCGGCAAGUUUUCAAUCCAGCACUACCGGCAAGGCGUGAGGAGUGGCACGGUGCACCAUGCAGUGGAUGCAGGCUGCCUGCACGGCGUCACGGUUAUGGGCGGAGCCCAGGAUAGUGGGGUUGGCGGGCGACUCUGGCCGCGCCGUAGAGCCUUGUCCGUGUUGAUAGAUGUCUUGUAAAUCCUGUCCAGG